AUGGAUGGAACGCUCUGCAAUGAGAAAAAGAUGACUCUGUGCACAAUAAGGAGUGCGCCUGCUUCCAGCUUCCAGGCAAGUCAAAUUAUUCUACCACAACAAGGAGAUGCCAGUGUGGGCAAGGUUUUAGGGCAUUCAAGACUGAACGAAGACAGGGAUUGCUUGAAAAACUUGCAUCUCAAGCCGGCGGCCAGCGGGCCUUGGGGCGAGGCCAAGCAGGCGGAUACCUUGCAGAACCUUUGGGAUACCCCUUGCAUAUCCGCCGCGCAGGAUAUCGAAGACUGGACCUGCCUUGAGCCUCACGUGGGCACGGGGACCGGGCCGAUCAUCGCCGAAUCUUCAAACAGACGCAGCGAAACUGCCAUUUGUGCCGAAGCCAUGCCGCUUUCCCAGUGCGAGAAGGGGGCUUCAGGCCGCAAGUGA